CUAUCUUCCAAGCACUAUCAUGGUUGUUUACAGAGCUUAGCUUGCAAAUUUAGUUCUUGUUUCUCGAUGAAGUGGAUGGUGGAUAUUUUAAUGUCCCUGACAAUCCCGGAAUUGCUCCGGAACACUGCAGGGAAUGUUCAGCUACCUGUUAAAGCUGGAAAGGAAGUCGUCAUUUCACCUAAGAGGAUAGUUGUCGUGGGCGGUGGUGCCGCUGGAAUUAGCUUUUUGAAAGUGGUCCGAGAAUUCCAGGAGCAACAGAAGGAUUUAAACUGGGAUGUUGUACUGUAUGAGCAGCGGGAUGAUAUGGGUGGUAUAUGGUACGAGCAAAAGAACAAGCCCGAUCCACCUAUACUACCUGAGUCGAGUAUCUAUCCCCGUUUACGAACAAACACCCCGCACCCUCACAACACCUACUAUAAAUUCCCAUUUCCCCCUGGUACGGAUCUAUACCCUAUUCACACCAAGCUGCAUGAGUACAUGAAGGAUACUGGCGCCUUAGAAUUGAACGAC